CAUCGCGUUAUUAUUGGCCAGGAAUUCGGAAAGAUGUCGAGAACCAUGUCAAGCAUUGUGCUGAUUGCCAGCGCUAUAAGGCAACAAACCUGAAGCCAAUGGGCCUAUACCAGACGACUUCCAGCAAGCAGCGCUUUGAAGCCUUAGCCAUCGACUUGUUCGGACCAUUGCCAUCCGACACGAAUGGGAUGCAGUGGAUUUACAUAGUAGAGGAUGUUGCAAGCCGCUGGGUGGAACUUUUUCCAUUGAAAGAAGCUUCCGCUGAAACUUGUGCGAAAACGCUCAUCGACGAGGUAUUCUUGCGCUAUGGAGUCCCAAGGCGAAUCAUUAGCGACAACGGUGUACAAUUCGUGUCAGCGAUAAUGCAAAAAGUUGCCUUUUGUCUGGAUAUACGCCAAGUAUUCACGCCAGUAUAUCAUCCACAAGCGAAUCCUGUAGAGAGGAAGAAUCGCGACCUGAAGACGCAGUUGUCAAUUUUGGUGGGCAGACAACACCGCAACUGGGCAGAGAAGUUGCCGGCAAUACGCUUCGCCAUGAAUACGACACGCUGUCAAAGUACCGGGUAUACUGCCGCAUACCUCACAUUUGGGCGUGAGUUAAGAACGAUCGAUGACGUCCAGCAUGAUUUGAGAGCUAUCAUCCAUUCAGAGAACUUCAUUGCAGAAAUCACACCGUAUCUAAGCACUCUCGCGGAGGUGUUCCAAGCUGCGAGAGAAUGCGAAUGCAAACAGCAAGAUGCUAAUAAAGGCAUCACCAAUCCACAACGACGUGACCAAGAGGGACUAGAGAUUGGUUCCAAGGUCCUUGUGACCACGCAUGUUUUGAGUAAUGCUGCCAAGGGUGUAACAUCGAAAUUUGUUCCACGACGAGAUGGGCCCUAUAUCAUUAUUGGCAAAGAAGGUGCGACUUCCUACGUGAUUGCUCAUGAGGACAACCUCCAAUAUCCAUUGGGCACAUACCAUGCGUCAUCACUGACACCAUAUCGCAGUUCCAGCGAUGUUCCUGAGGGUCCCAUUAACAUGAUACGGCGCCGAGGACGUCCCCGGAAGAAAGCUUAGGAUACUUCAUCGGGUCGAUUUCAGUAUCCUAGGGGGAGACUGUAACGACCGUCAUUCAUAUGUAUAUUCAUU